ACCCUGAUGGAAAAUUUCCGUUAAACAUACCAAAAAAAAUCCAGAGAAUAAACAGGUAGAUAAAAGUGAUCCGAGAAUGAAAUUCCUCAACGCUGCUUCAAUAUUUGCCCUUCUAAUUUUUGUUACAUCAGCUUCGGCUAAAAAGUCGGGGGAUGUUACAGAGUUACAAAUUGGUGUGAAGUAUAAGCCUGAAUCCUGUGAAAUUCAGGCUCACAAAGGUGACAAAGUCAGAGUACAUUACCGGGGAAAACUUACAGAUGGCACUGUAUUUGAUUCUAGCUUUGAAAGGGGUGACCCAAUUGAGUUUGAGCUUGGAAGUGGUCAAGUGAUUAAAGGAUGGGAUCAAGGACUCUUGGGAAUGUGUGUAGGUGAGAAGAGAAAGUUGAAAAUACCUGCUAAACUUGGAUACGGAGAUCAAGGGGCACCACCAUCCAUCCCAGGUGGAGCCACUUUGAUCUUUGACACCGAGCUAGUUACAGUGAAUGGAAAACCAUCAACAGAAGAGCAACCAGAUGAUAGUGAACUAUAGGUCCUGGGUAGCUUAAUUUCUGGAGGUGGGUGCUACCCUGAAUUAGCACUUUGUCAUUAAAACAGUUGUUAGACUUCGAUUUCUUGUUCCGUCUUUAAUAUUCAGGGAACCCAAUUGAUCUGCAGCUUCCUUGUAGAUCCUCAUUGCAUGGACCUUGAUUCGUUAGGUCCGAAAUCCUAAGCCUGUAGCCAUCUGUCGUUCUCUUCUAAUUGUUAAGAUAAUUUGGGUGGCUUGAUGUUUAGCGCUUCACUUGAAAAUUUUGACACAUUGAAGUUUAAGUUUAAUUUUGGUGCGGGUGCUGUUUGUGCACGCUUUAUACAA